AUGAGCUUCCAGGCCCCACCCACACUUCUGACUCUAGCAGUGCAGAGCCUGCUGAAGGAUGAAGCCUUGGCCAUCUCUGCUCUGCAGGACCUGCCCAUGGAGCUCUUCCCACCACUGUUCAAGGCAGCCUUCGACGGCAGACAACUGAAGAUACUGAAGGCAAUGGUGGCAGCCUGGCCCUUUCCCUGCCUCCCUGUGGGAGCACUGAAAUUCCCUGAUGUGGCAACAUUGAAAGCUGUGCUGGAUGGUAUAGACAUGCAGCUGACAGGAAAUUUUUGUCAAAGGGUGCGGAAGCUUCAAGUGCUGGACCUGAGGAAUGUACACCAUGAUUUCUGGGAUGUAUGGGCUAGAACAGAGGAUGGAGACCACUCAGCAGAGAUUGCGUGUGAAAGGCAAAGAAGGAAGCGCCUUCAUAGAUAUGCUUUGAGACAACAUUUAAAAGUGGUCACUGACAUUUGUCUUGGGUUCCAUCUGGAUGAACACCAGGCAUAUCUGUUGCAGUGGGCACAAAAGAGAAGAGGCUCACUGCAUCUAUGCUGUGUGAAAAUGCAGAUUUGGGGAUUGCGCAUGGACACUCUUGGAAAGUUCUUGAGUAUUUUCCAACCAGAUUCCUUUGAGGAGUUGGAACUGAGUAUAGAAUGGACUCCAUCCAUGAUGGAACAUUUUGCACCUUGCCUUGGUCAGAUGAGAAAUCUUCACAAACUCUUUCUAACGCUAAAGCAUGAGAACUUCUUCAGGCCUGUGAUUACACCAACAGCCCUAGAAGGGAAGAGAGCCACCAAGUUCAUUUCUCAUUUCUCCAAACUGAACUGUCUCCAGUAUCUCUACAUGACUGGUGUCUACUUUCUCAAUGGCCACAUGAGGAAAUUGCUCUGGUGUCUGAAGACCCCUUUGGAGUUCCUGUCCAUUGCUCUCUGCAAAUUCUCACAGUCAGACUUGGAGUCUUUUGUCCAGUGUCAGAGUCUCUGUCAUCUCAAACAUCUGGAUUUGGCAGGCGUCAAUUUAUCUGGCCUGAGUCUUGUGCCUCUCAGAAUUUUCCUAGAGAGUGUUGCAGACACUCUGCAGACCCUGGAAUUGGAACACUGUAGGAUGAACGACUCUCAGCUCAGUGCACUCUUCCCUGCCCUGAGCCGGUGCUCUCAGCUCAUCAAGAUCAACUUCUAUGACAAUGACAUCUCCAUGGCUGUCCUAAAGGACCUUCUGUGUCACACAGCCAACCUGGGCCAGCUGAUCCUGGAGUUGUACCCUGCCCCUCUGGAAUGCUAUGAAACAGGAUAUGUCAUCUCAAUAGACAGAUUUGUCCAGCUUUCUUCUGAGCUCAGGAACACACUCUGCACUGUAAGGCAGCCCCAGUCCUUCUCCUUUGCUACUUUCAUCUGCCUUGAAUGUUGUCAGCGCUCUUCCUAUGAUGCGGAGAUGACCCUUUGCCUUUGUUGGCAGUAA